AUGCUUUCUUUUCCUUCUAUAUCCUGCUGGCUGAAAGACAAGGCUCACCCCAAGGUUCUCAGCCUCAAGGGCAAUGCGCUUCUCGAACUAGGCCUUCCCAAGCUCAUAGGCAUGGAUGUCCAACCACCAGAUUCAUUGACCCUGGUGGAUGACAGGCUGCAGGCCACUUCCACAAUGAUUGUGACCAAAGGAAAGGACAUUGAUGUCCUAGAGAAGCACCAGGGUCACCAAGCAGCUCCCUCACAUUGGUCGCUCAGUCAGGUCUUAUGUCAGUGUAUUCUGAUGACAGCAGACCACAAGUUCACCAGAAAGCCAGUGGCCCUUCAAACUGGUAUUGGCUGGCCUGUAAUGUCUCCAGAAUUGGCUGGAAAGGCCAGUCCUUAUGCCAAGAUGUUUUUCAUGAAUGAUGAUACAAGACUCUUCACAGACAAGGCCAUUAUUCAGUGGAAAAACAACAUAUGCAUGCAUAUCACCGACAGAAGUGCUUUUGCCUCUUUUUCAUGCAUGAGCAUGACACAGAUAAACCAACACCUCAAAGACUUCCACAUUAACUUCUGGUAUACUGCUGAGCUGACUCCCAUGAAGGUUGGAGCUGCCAAGGAUAUACACACAACACCAUUGCAGAUGUGUGCCCUAACUGCUGUAGCAGUGCCAAGUAUUCACCCAUAUAUGAUGCAUACUACCACUCUCUUCUCAAAGCAACUCAGAACCCCACUAUCAGCAUGGCAGUUAAUCACCAUCUGCUGUGGCUUCAUCAAUGCAGAUUCCAUACCCAUUGUUCAUCGAACUACAUUGCAUGAGGAGAGUGCAUCAGGGAGUGCAUCACAGGCCAGACCCAGCUCUUCUGCAAGCUGGUCCAUGGGUGUCAAAGGAUACAAACCAUUUUCUUAUGAUUAUACUUAUGAGAUGUAG